AUGUCUAAUUGUAAUAUUGAGAGUGCUACAAACUUUGGCAAGAACUUCUGCAACAAAUUCUUUGCCAUUAUCACUUUGAAGAAUAGUGGGUGGUUCAAGAAUAUUGAAGACGUUUUUAAUAAGAUGCAUUGCAACG